UAAGAGUCUUUUGAAAUGUAAGGAGCUACGUGCAGGAAGCAUAAACCCAGGACGUCUGGAAGGAAUUAGACGCUGAAGAAGUAGUAAAAGUAGCGUGGUUGGGCAGUUCAUGACUUUAACCUGUAUUACCUACAGCUCUUCUCACCAACAUUGACUACUGUUGAAUGACAAUUUUUUCUUUUUUUAUUUCUUUUGUUUAUUUCUUUUAUUCGUUGUAUAUAUUACACUUAUGCCAAAGUUGACUAACAAGAUGAUUUGUAUACAUUUAAAAUGUAUACAUUAUAUAAUUAAUGUAUGCAAAGAGAGAAGUUAAAAGAAGAAAAAAAAAUACAAUACUUGAAUGAAUGUUUUUAACCGUUCACAGCAAAGGAGACUUGGAAAAUUGCACAAACUUUUUUCUUUAUGAAGAGACAUUUUAUGAAGCUUCAUGAGUGUUUCUGCAAAGGUGACUCUAGAAGAUACGUUGCUGAGAAGUUUUCUCCAAGUUGAACGCUGCUAACCGAGCCUAUGCUGACUGCAUCCAUUUAAAGAAACGGCACAGCCACACACAGCUACUUCAAGAUGAAAUGUGACAAAGCUCUCACCUACCUAAGAAUUUUCGGGACGACAAUGUUUGGAGUCUCGCUCCUCGUGGGGAUCUCUACCGCCUACAUAAUGGGCUACCAGUUUUUCACCACGGCACGAAACCACUUGUCCUUCGGGCUGUACGGGGCCAUCCUGGUCAUCCACCUUAUCAUCCAGAGCCUGUUUGCUGUCCUAGAACACCGGAACAUGAGGAGAUCCAUGGAGACGCCCAUCAAACUCACCAAAUCACUGGCCCUGUGCAUUGCAGCCUAUCAGGAGGACCCGGCCUACCUGAGGAAGUGUUUGGUAUCGGUCAAGAGGUUGACCUACCCGGGCAUCAAGGUCAUCAUGGUGAUCGACGGGAAUAACGAGGACGACAAGUACAUGAUGGAGAUCUUCCGGGAGAUCAUGGGGUGGGAUAAAGCCACCACGUACGUCUGGAAAAAUAACUACCACCACAGGGGAUCUGAGGAGACGGACGAGAUGUACGCUGAGAGCCUGCAGGCCAUCUCGCGCCUUGUGCUCAAUAAUAAAUGUGUCUGCAUCAUGCAGAAGUGGGGAGGCAAGAGGGAAGUAAUGUACACAGCCUUCAAAGCCCUGGGGAGGAGUGUGGACUAUGUUCAGGUGUGUGACUCUGACACUAUGCUGGAUCCUGCGUCCUCUGUGGAGAUGGUGAAGGUUCUGGAGGAAGACCCCAUGGUGGGAGGAGUGGGAGGAGACGUCCAGAUCCUGAACAAAUACGAGUCCUGGAUCUCGUUUCUUAGCAGCGUCCGUUACUGGAUGGCCUUCAACAUCGAGCGAGCGUGUCAGUCCUACUUUGGCUGCGUCCAGUGUAUCAGCGGACCACUGGGAAUGUACAGGAACAACCUGCUCCACGAGUUCAUAGAGGAUUGGUACAACCAGACCUUCAUGGGCAGCCACUGUAGCUUCGGCGACGACCGCCACCUCACCAACCGCGUGCUGAGCCUGGGCUACGCCACCAAGUACACGGCCCGGUCCAAGUGCCUGACCGAGACCCCCAUCACCUACCUGCGCUGGCUGAACCAGCAGACCCGGUGGAGUAAGUCUUACUUCAGAGAGUGGCUCUACAACGCCAUGUGGUUCCACAAACACCACCUCUGGAUGACCUACGAGGCUGUCAUCACCGGGUUCUUCCCCUUCUUCCUCAUCGCCACGGCGAUACAGCUGUUCUACCAGGGGAGGAUCUGGAAUAUCCUUCUCUUCCUGUUGAUCGUCCAGGCGGUCGCCCUCAUCAAGUCCUCCUUUGCCUCUUGCAUGAGGGGCAACAUCGUCAUGGUCUUCAUGUCCUUCUACUCAGUGUUGUACAUGUCCAGUCUGCUACCGGCCAAGAUGUUCGCUAUCGCCACCAUAAACAAGGCUGGCUGGGGCACGUCAGGGAGGAAGACGAUCGUGACUAACUUCGUAGGGCUCGUUCCCAUAUCGGUCUGGUUCACCAUCCUCUUCCUUGGCAUUAUCUAUACGGUCGUCCAGGAAACCAGAAAAGAUUUUCCUUUUCCAGACUCUGAAAAGAUAGUGUUAAUCGUUGGUGCGAUAGUGUACGCCAGCUACUGGGUCAUGCUCUUGACGUUGUACAUGGUACUGAUCACUAAAUGUGGAAAGAGGAAGAAAGAACAGCAGUAUGAUAUGGUGCUGGAUGUAUGACAUCUUCCUCCUUUCCUCCUCCUCCUCCCCCUCCUCCACUGAAACUCCUCGAUUGGGUCUUAAACGCCACUCUAUUUCCUGUAUAGUGCACUACUUUUGACCAGGGUCCAUACAGGGCUUUGGUCAAAAAAGUAACACACUUUUUACGGGUCAGGGUGCAGUUCGAGACGCAGACAUUGUCCCUCUCAACGUUUACAAAGUGAAGAAUCUCAAACUGCUCAUUGAUCGUUGGACUCUCGGCAGGUGACGUGAAGUGACGAUGCCAGAAGAGCGAUAUCAUUGCUGCUGUGACUGACUGCAACAAGAAACUACAGAUAUUUCCUUCUGAAAUAUUAUGAUGAUGAGGUAAAAAAACACUUGUUGGUGAUGUGUUUUGCCAAAUGGAAAACCACCAAAUGGACAUCCUGUUUUUCCACAUAGAUACACAGAGAUGAUAUGCAUAAUGUCCUAUGCACUUUUACGUCUCACUCCCAUUGUGCAUAAUGCUUGACAGAGUCAUUUGAAGAUGAAAUACCUCAGUGGUUAUGCUUUUCAUUGUAUGAGUGAGUGAUCGGGAUGCACCCAGAAAAUGGCUCGUUCUUGAUUAUAACAUAAUUUAUGAUGUUUUUUGGUCAUAUUUGUCCUCUUUUUUUUAUACACAGUUGUUAAUGAAAGUCAAAGCUGGAAUUUCUCAGUUCUUUGGCCAUGCUGUAUCUGUUGACUUGUUACUUUGUAAUUUACAUAUUAUAUUUUAAUGCCUUUUUAUAUAGACUUUUUUAAAUUCUAUUUUUGCUUUAAUAAACACCAAAGAUUCUUUAUUUUCAUUCAUUUUUUAUAUGAAAUGGAGAGAAAAAAAAUGCAUUGUGCAUUCAACUGUUAUAACAAUGAUGUGUGUAUCUGACCAAAAAUGUGAAGUUAACAGCUGGGUUUUUGUCUGCAAUGAUAACAAUAAAAUGCAAUUCUAGGGAUAAGUUAUUGAAUACAA